AUGGAGAAUUACAAAGGUACAGUUUGUUGAUGUCUGUGCGGCAUUUACACUUGGGUUUUCUUCUUCUAAUAGACUUGCAGCGGAGUUUCCUUUUAACUGAGUAUCUUUAUUAUUUACAAAGAUGUACACUGGUUGGAUACAAAUAAAAUAACACAAUCCUUUCCUCUUCCACCCAUCUGGCCAGAAACGACCCUUGUUGAUCACGUGCCCUUAGUAAAGGCACCUGUUGCUGGGUAGAUUUUUCUGUUGCCAAGCAACCUGUUCAAGACCAAUUCUCAAGUUCUUUCUAGAACAUUCCAACACAGUUGACAUUUGAAGGAAGGGAAAUGGCUACAGGUGUUCUCAGAAAGCUCCAAUUUCAGGCUCCUCUGCAUAGCUGUCAACUUUUCCCUUUUCUUGCGAGGAAUCCUAUUCGGAAUAAGGGAAUUUCCCUUUAAAAAAGGGAAACGUUGACAGUUAUGCUGCUCUGCAACGAAUGUAAUUUUUAAAAGGGGGGGGGAGAGAAUUCCCCUGCAAAGUCCCUCUGUAGGUCUUCAAAAAAAGGCAUUGUCUGCUUCUAUUUCUCCUUCACACAAUAUAUAUUCCAGCUACGGAAUUUGCCACCACAACAUGUAAGGCUGCUGUCUUAGAUGAGUUUACAAAAGGCUCUUGGUGGCUACAAAUCAUGAUAGCUGCAAGUCCUGUGAAGGUCCAAAAGUGUAGGUGGGUCCCCAUGAGACAAGACACAGUGAUAACAGCAAGAACAUUUAUUGAACUAGCAAAACUCGACAACAGGGGCAAAGCAACUGCUUAUAUACAUUUCUGAAGGCCUGGGCCACUCCCACCCCCAACGUGAUUGGCUGUCUGAACUUCCAAGCUGCCAAUCAUGACUCAGCGUUUCAGGGCCAAUGGCAGAGGCCCAAAUCCUGAAAUGUCCUGUGAUUGGAUAUCAUGUAUCGAAUCAGAACACAGGGGCUCAGAAUCCGUAGUCCAGACUCAAGCUCAGGCAAACACAGCCCACUGAAUAAAUAACAGGUCCCAUCUGCGGUAUAUUGGAAGGUGGGUGCUUUUGACGGGGUGACCCUUUGUGGCUUGCUCAGUAGGGCAGGUGGGCAUGGUUGACCGAAAAGGCUUCACAGGUAUAAAUGGGCAGAUACAGUACCACCAUUGCUCUGUCUCUGCCCCAGUUAGCAAAAAGUCUCUGAGUGCACCGGCACAAAUGGAAGGAGCCUCCUCUUCCUGCUUUGGGAAUCCUCCCCUCACUUUCACCUCCGUAUGUCGUUGGACUCGAUUACAGCCUUUAAGAAUAAAGUGUUAUUCCAAACAGCAUGAUCUCAAUUUAAAUGCUGACUCCCUAGGGUUUUCUGCGCCUUGAGAGAGCUGGUUUUUGUUGUUCAUGAAAUCACCAUCAAAAUAAAAUUUAUAUACCGGCCUAUACCUGCAGGGCGGUUCACAAGAUAAAAUUACAAUAGAAAAACACAAAAUACAUAAAAUAUAAACAAAAGUGGCUGGAUAACACACCCCCCCCCAAACACACACACGCAGAGUGUUAAAACAAUUUUUAAAAACGUAAUUACAAAGCAGUUUAAAAGAAUGUAAGCAGUACUCGCUGCUGGGUGGUAAGCAGUCCUUUUGUAGUCUGGAUUCAGGUAGGUAACCGUGUUGGUCUGAUGCAGUAGAAAUAAUAAUAAUAAUAAUAAUAAUAAUAAUAAUAAAUAAUAAUACAGUGGUACCUCAGGUUACAUACGCUUCAGGUUACAUAUGCUUCAGGCUACAGACUCCGCUAACCCAGAAAUAGUGCUUCAGGUUAAGAACUUUGCUUCAGGAUGAGAACAGAAAUCGGGCUCCGGCGGCGCAGCAGCAGCAGGAGGCCCCAUUAGCUAAAGUGGUGCUUCAGGUUAAGAACAGUUUCAGGUUAAGAACGGACCUCCGGAACGAAUUAAGCACUUAACCCGAGGUACCACUGUAAUAAUGAAUUGUCCAGUAGCACCUUAGAGACCAACUAAGUUUGUUCUUGGUAUGAGCUUUCGUGUGCAUGCAAAAUACCAAAAGCAGAUACCAAAAGCAGAUACGAAAGCUCAUACCAAGAACAAACUUAGUUGGUCUCUAAGGUGCUACUGGACAAUUUAUUUUAUUUUUAAUACAUAUUUCUUUUGUAGUCUGUCAGGCCCCACUCUAGGCCUGGGGAAGAGAGGCAGGAACAGGACCCUCAAACUCUCUGCAGAUGUUCCUUCCUUGCCCAUGGCCAUUUUCUUUGUUUGAGGGUCUGAGCAAUUUCCCUCUCCUUCACAGAUUCUCUGGAGCGAGCUCUGGACGCAAACAACUUGGAGGAAGCUGUCAACACAGGUAACUUCCCUGGCAAGACAGAGAGAGGGGACUUUUUAACAGAAGGUGGUACUUACCGUAUUUUUCGCUCUAUAAGAUGCACCAGACCACAAGACGCACCUAGUUUUUGGAGGAGGAAAACAAGAAAAAAAAUAUUCUGAAUCUCAGAAACCAGAACAGCAAGAGGGAUCACUGCGCAGGGAAAGCAGCAAUCCCUCUUGCUGUUCUGGCUUCUGGGAUAGCUGCACAGCCUGCAUUCGCUCCAUAAGACGCACACACAUUUCCCCUACUUUUUAGGAGAGAAAAAGUGAGUCUUAUAGAGCAAAAAAUACAGUAGGCGUUGGGGUCUAAGAGAGCCCCCUCUGCAUAACCCAGGGGGCUACUUUUGCAAUGAGGAUGUACGGGAGAUGGAAUAGCAUAGGAUGAGGGCACUGCCCUGAGCGUGAGAUCAAAUGGCACUCCGGCCACAAACUCAGAAAAUUGGUUGGGAAACCUGGAUCUUAGAGCCGCCUAUUCUGAACUUGCUAAACUACUAAGGAGCAACGCAAUUCCAUUUAGGUGGGAAUUUCCACAAGGAAUAUCUUUUACCUUUAAAGGGAGAAAGGUCAAAGUUAGAACAUUGGAAGAGAGAGACAAAUUUUUGGCUACAUACGGAGAGGACCUUCAAAAGGAAUUGAAUUACCUUCUGGGCCUGGGGCAAAGCCAGUAUCAACACCAGCACCUGGGGAACCUGAAGAUCCAGAGAAGACACCACCCCUGGAGAAAUAACCAGAUAGAUCCAGGAUGUCUCUGCAAUUGCUGAGUUGGAACAUUAAUGGUUGUAACAUUCCGGAAAAAGGAAGAAAAUAUUUCAUAUAUUAAAAAAGAACAAUUGGACAUCAUCUGUUUACAAGAAACACAUGUGACGAGGCUCCACAGAAAAGUGUUAAUAAAUAAAAGAUUGGGCCAGGAAUUUGUUUCGUCGGACAAAGUUAAGAAGAGAGGCGUGGUGAUAUAUGCAAAAGAGAGCCUGUCACCUAAAUUCUUAUUUAAAGAUGAACAUGGAAGAAUUUUGGCCAUUGAGAUACAAUAUCAAGGAGAGAAACUGUUGAUAUUAGGAAUCUAUGCACCUAACGAAGGGAAAUCGGAAUUUUACAAGAAGCUGCAGGGGACAAUGCUGGAAUAUCUGGAUUACAACAACAUCAUAAUGAUGGGAGACAUGAACGGGGUCGUGUCAACUAACAUGGACAAGUCACAAAGUCAAAAUGUUACAAAAGACGGCAGACUACCUAAAACUUUUUUGAAAUGACUGACAAUAUGGAUUUGAUUGACAUUUGGAGGACAAAGAACCCACUAGGUAGAGAAGGAACAUUCUUUUCUGAAGCCCAACUGACCUGGACAAGAAUCGACCAAAUAUGGAUUUCCAGAGGCCUGGCACCUAAGGUCAGAAAAGUGGAAAUCUGCCCAAAGACCUGCUCUGACCAUAAUGCAGUAAAGAUGGAUAUGACACUACUACCAACUGGAUCCUUUAGAUGGAAGAUGAAUGACAAUUUGUUUAGAGAUCAGGAAAUUACCAAGAAGGCCCAAAAAGUUUUGAAGGACUAUUUUGAGAUAAAUAUGAACAAUUCUGAUGAAAAAAGAAUUGACUGGGAUGAAAGCAAAGCUGUAAUGAGGGGAUUCUUGAUACAACAGAAUGUAGUAAAGAAAAGAACACAAAAUGAGAAAAAAGAUAAAAUCUUGGACAAAUUAAAAGAAUUAGAGAAGAAAUUAAGAGCGAAUCCAAAGUCACAGCCAACUCUGAGAGAAAUUAAACUCUAUCAAACACAAUAUUCUAAAUUGAUAAAUCAGGAAAUUGAAUGGAAGGUUAAAUUAAUGAAACAAAAACGUUUGAGUCGGCGAAUAAAUGUGGAAAACUGCUAGCUUGGCAGUUGAAGAGAAGACAAAGAUUAAACACGGUUACAAAUUUAGAGGUUGAUGGAAAAAACAUUCAGAAUCCAGUGGAUAUUAGAAAGUGUUUCCAGAGAUAUUUUAAAAAAUUAUACACCCAAGGGCCGCAAGACGAAGUUGAGAUUAAACAAUUUUUGGCAAAAAAUGGACUAUCUAAAUUGUCACAAGAAAAUAGGACAAUCCUGAACUCUAAAAUAACACGACAGGAGAUUGAACAAGCUAUUCAGAACAUGCAACUUGGCAAAUCUCCAGGGCCAGAUGGGCUGACCUCCAAGUAUUAUAAGAUAUUAAAAGACUAUUUGAUACAACCCUUGAUGGAGGUCAGCAAUGAAAUUAUCGAGGGGAAGAGGGCACCGGAUUCGUGGAAGGAAGCGUUCAUCACAUUAAUACCAAAGUCAGAAGCUGAAAAGACACAACUGAAGAACUACCGUCCCAUCUCUCUUUUAAAUGUGGAUUACAAAAUAUUUGCAGACAUUUUGGCAAGUAGAUUUAAAAAAGUAUUAAAUGAAGUAAUUCAUAAGGACCAGGCCGGUUUUCUCCCAGGUAGACAUCUGUUUGCUAACACAAGGAACAUUAUUGACAUCUUGGAACUUCUGCAAACAGAUAUAAAUACAAAAGCAGUUUUAAUUUUUAUAGAUGCGGAGAAGGCCUUUGACAAUAUUUCCUGGAAAUUUAUGAUGGGAAAUUUAAAAGAGAUGGGAGUGGGACGGGGUUUUGAGAAUGGGAUUGAGGCGAUAUAUUCAGAACAGAAAGCUAAACUGAUAGUUAAUAAUGUGGUUACAGAAGAGUUUAAAAUUGAAAAAGGGACACGACAAGGUUGCCCUAUUUCCCCUUUGUUAUUUAUUUCGGUUCUGGAAGUGCUACUGAACAUGAUUAGAGGGGAUCGGUUGGUGGAAGGAAUUCAGGUUGGUCAGAAACAAUAUAAACUAAAAGCUUUUGCAGAUGACCUGGUUUUGACCUUGCAGAAGCCAGAGCCCAGUACGAAAAGAGUAUUACAAUUGAUUAAUGAUUUUGGUCGGGUGGCGGGAUUUAAAUUAAAUAAACAGAAAACUAAGGUUUUGGGGAAAAAUUUGACUGAUACAGAGUCAGAACGGUUUCAGAAUGAGACGGAACUUAAUGUGGUUAAAAAGUAAAAUACCUAGGGGUAAACAUAACAGCAAAAAUCUAAGUCUAUUUAAGGAUAACUAUGAAAAAUGUUGGACAGAAAUUAAGAGAGACUUAGACAGUUGGUCAAAAUUGAAACUUUCUUUGUUAGGCCGAAUUGCUGCUAUUAAGAUGAAUGUAUUGCCAAGGAUGUUGUUUUUAUUUCAAACACUUCAGGUUUUGGACAAAACGGAGUGCUUUCAGAAGUGGCAGAGAGAUAUUUCGAAGUUUGUCUGGCAGGGCAAAAGCCCAGAAUCAAGUUUAAGAUAUUAACUGAUGUAAAACAAAGAGGGGCCUUGCCCUGCCGGACUUAAAGUUGUAUUAUGAAGCCGCAGCGUUCUGCUGGCUAAAAGACUGGCUACUUCUUGAAGACACUGAUGUGUUGGACUUGGAAGGGUUUAAUAAUGUUUUUGGAUGGCAUGCAUAUUUAUGGUAUGACAAAGUUAAAGCAAAUAAGGCCUUCAAGAACCAUAUUGUCAGAAAAUCAUUGUAUAAUGUCUGGACAAAAUAUAAAGACUUGCUGGAAAAUAAAACACCAAGGUGGCUUUCACCUUUGGAAGCUAAGGCCCGAAAAAGACCCAAUAUGGAGGCUAAAUGGCCAAAAUAUUGGGAAAUACUAGACAAAGAUGGAGACACUUGGAAAUUGCAGAGUUUGGAGAAAAUGAAAGACAAAGUGCGAGAUUGGUUACAUUACGCUCAGAUUAAAGAAGUUUUUAAAAAUGAUAAGAAACUAGGGUUCCAGGUGGAGAAAUCGAAAUUAGAAACAGAAUUGUUAGAACCAAAGACUAAGGUACUUUCAAGGAUGUAUAACUUGCUGUUGGAAUGGAAUACACAAGAUGAAAUGGUUAAAUCGGCUAUGAUAAGGUGGGCACAGGACAUUGGGUAUAAUAUUAUGUUUGAGGACUGGGAAAAGUUGUGGAGUAAUGGAUUGAAAUUUACUGCAUGUAACGCUCUGAAAGAAAAUGUAAUGAAAAUGAUUUAUAGAUGGUAUAUGACCCCAGUUAAACUUGCAAAAAUUUACCACCUGUCUGAUAAUAAGUGUUGGAAAUGUAAAGAGUGUGAGGGAACGUUCUUCCACCUCUGGUGGACCUGCCCUAAAGUGAAGGCGUUCUGGGAAAUGAUUUAUAAUGAAUUGAAAAAGGUAUUUAAAUAUACCUUUACCAAGAAACCAGAGGCUUUCCUUCUGGGUAUUGUCAGCCAAGGGGUGGCAAAGAAGGACCAGACAUUUUUAUGUAUGCAACAACAGCAGCAAGGAUACUUCUUGCAAAACAUUGGAAAACUCAAGAUUUACCCACACUGGAAGAAUGGCAGAUGCAACUGAUAGACUACAUGGAACUGGCUGAAAUGACCGGCAGAAUCCGUGACCUGGGAGAAGAGAGAAUCGAGGAGGAUUGGAAGAAAUUUAAGAACUAUCUACAAAAAUAUUGUGAUUUGAGUGAAUGCUAAAUAAGAUGCUAGACUAAAUAACUGAGCACCACUUAACUUAGAAGUUUUUAAGAAAAUAAGUAAGACUGUGAAAGUUUAACUCUUUAUGAGAACUAUAAGAUUAUGAAACAUUGAAGAGAUAUAAGAAUUUAAAUAAGAUGAUAAAUUGCUGACAAAAUGUUAUAACGAUGAAAGUGGGAGCGGGGGAUGUGAGGAAGUCCAAAGAAAAUGUGAAACUAUGUUAAGACAAAUGUUAUAUUGUUUAUUAUGUUUAUUUUUAUUGUAAAACCCAAUAAAUUGUGGUUGGGAAACCUGUGGCUAUUUGCUGUGCCUCCUUGCCUACAUUCAGCUGACGUUUUGGGGAAGAGUCUGGGGGUGAUUCUGCAGCAGGUGAAGAUUAUCCUUUGCAUGGGAAGCUGUGUUGUACUGACUCCAACUACAGUGGUACCUUGGUUCUCGAAUGGAGUCCGUUCCGUUCAAGAUCCGAAAAUGUUCAGAAACCAGGGUGCAGCUUCCGAUUGGCUGCAGGAGCUUCUUGCACUCCGCUGGAAGCCAUGUUGGACAUUCAGCUUCCAAAAAAUGUUUGCAGACUGGAACACUCACUUCCAGGUUUGUGGCGUUCAGGAGCCAAAACGUCCGAGUCACAAGGCGUUCGAGAACCAAGGUACCACUGUAUUGGCCAAUCCAGUUCAGUAUGGUCUACAACCAGGGUUUCCCGAACUUAGGUCGCCAGCUGUUUUUGGACUACAACUCCCAUCAUCCCUAGCUAGCAGGACCAGUGGUCAGGGAUGAUGGGAAUUGUAGCUGGAGACACAUAUUUGGGAAACCCCGGCCUCUUCCGGUAUGCCCCACGGAGAGCCUCAAGGUCCAUAAAUAGCAACACCCUAGUGGUCCUGGGCCUUAAGGAAGUUAGAUUAGCUUCAGCCAGAGCCAGGGCCUUCUCAACACUGGCUCCGGCCUGGUGGAACUCUCUGUCUCAUGAGACCAGGGCCCUGCGGGAUCUGAUCUCUUUCCGCAGGGCCUGUAAGACAGAGUUGUUCCGCCUGGCCUUUGGCUGGGAGCCAAUUUGAUUCCCUCCCCCUCUUUCUUUUUUUCCUUUCCUUUCUCCUCCUGUGAUGAGGCUACAUUUUAAUAUUUUAAUGUUUCAAUAUUUUAAUGUUGUAUUGUAAUUUUGUUUUUAAGUUGUAUUCAUUCAACUUGUUUUUAUUGUUGCUUGUUAGCUGCCCUGAGCCCGGCCUUGGCUGGGGAGGGCGGGGUAUAAAUAAAAAUUAUUAUUAUUAUUAUUAUUAUUACUCUGACUGGUAGGGACCUUCAGGCUUCUCAGGCACGGGUCUCUCCCAGCCUUACAUGGAGUUGCCCGGGAUCUAACCUAGGGCCUUCGACAUUACCUGUUUAGGGAAGCUUUUAAUGUUUGAUGUAUUACAGUAUUUUAAUAUUUUUUUGGAGGCCGCCCAGAGUGGCUGGGGAAGCUCAGCCAGAUGGGCGGGGUAUAAAUAAAUUAUUAUUGUUGUUGUUGUUGUUGUUGUUGUAUAAAUAAAUUAUUAUUAUUGUUGUUGUAUAAAUAAAUUGUUGUUGUUGUUGUUUAUUAUGCAAGGCAUGCGCCUCUACCGCUAAGCCACAGGCCUUCUUCCCUGAAGCCACUCAAUCUUCCCUCUUUCCUACAGUGAAUGUCGUUCUGGAUCCAAACUCAGCACACCCCUAUCUCGUUCUCACUCCGGACCGGAAGAGCGUGCGAUGGGAACCGUCGUGGAAGGAGAGGGAGUGGCGGAAGAAGAACGUUUCCCAGCAUUUGGACAGAUUUGACUGGGAGGUCUGUGUGCUCGGCCGCGAGAGGUUCGUUUCGGGGACGCAAUGGUGGACAGUGGAGGUCUUGGGAGAAGGAAGCUGGACCCUGGGGGUGGCGAGAGACUCGCUCGCGAGGAAAGGAUCCUUCAACUUCAGCCCUGACGAGGGCAUCUGGGCUCUGAGGAAGCCGUUUUGCGACACGUACCUGCCUCACAAAGUCUUGGCCUUAACUUUCCCCGAAACCACUCCGUUGAUGUUGACCAAGGAGCCCAAGAAGAUUCUGGUGGCCCUGGACUAUCCGUUAGGCUGGGUGGGCUUCUUUGACGCCGAUACCGACGAAUUCAUCUUUGCUUUCCACUCGGCAUCAUUCGCUGGGGAGAGGAUCAGGCCCUUUUUCCAGCUGCGGGAGAGGGGAUUCGCUCUGAAGUGCUGA